AUGAGUCCUGGCCAGAUUUCACUGCAGUUGAAACAUCAGAAACUUAACAUGUGGAAGAAACCUUCAAAGUGUAGUGAAUGUGGAAAAUUCUUUACUCAGAGAUCAUCUCUGACCCAGCAUCAGCGGAUUCACACGGGAGAGAAGCCCUAUGCGUGUACUGAAUGUGGAACUUGUUUCCGUAAACAGUCAAAUCUUACUCAACAUCUGAGGAUUCAUACAGGAGAGAAACCUUAUAAAUGUAAUGAAUGUGAGAAAGCCUUUCAAACAAAAGCAGUCCUCGUCCAGCAUCUGAGAAUUCAUACUGGUGAGAAACCCUAUAAAUGUGUUGAAUGUGGCAAAGCCUUUUGUCAGAGUCCAUCUCUUACCAAACACCUGAGAAUUCACACCGGAGAGAAACCAUAUAAAUGCAGUGAAUGUGGCAAAGCCUUCAGUCAGAGCAUAUGCCUUACUCGUCAUCAGAGAAGUCAUUCUGGAGAUAGACCUUAUAAGUGUGAAGACUGUGGGAAGGCCUUUAAUCAGAGUGCAUGCCUCAUGCAGCAUCAGAGAAUCCAUUCGGGAGAGAAGCCCUACACAUGUACCAAAUGUGGUAAAGCCUUCACUCAGAACUCUUCCCUUGUUGACCAUGAGAGAACUCACACUGGAGAGAAGCUUUAUAAGUGUAGCGAGUGUGAAAAAACCUUCCGCAAGCAAGCACACCUCAGUGAACAUUACAGAAUUCAUACUGGAGAGAAACCUUAUGAAUGUGCUGAGUGUGGGAAAUCCUUCAGGCACAGCUCAGCGCUUGUUCGACAUCAGAGACUUCAUGCUGCAGAAUAA